AUGGCUUUUACAUUGGAAUAUAAGACUUUUAUGAUUGAGUCUUACUUUCGAAAUGGUCAAAAAAUCGACGGACAAUGGCAAUAUUCAAUUCCUGACACGUGGACCGAAUUUAGAGAGCAAUUUCCAAUAAAUAUUGUGGAUUAUGCUAAUUUUUGCAAUGCUUUAAAGCGUAGUGUGGGACAGUUCAGAGAAACUGGGUCUUUGCAAAGAAAACCAGGAGCUGGCAAAACAAAAAACAAGAGAACUCCUGAAAAUAUUGAAAAUGUUCGAGAAAUCAUGGACGAAGUCCCAACAACGUCUAUUCGUCAUUUGCAACAACAAGUGGACUUGUCAUAUGGCACUUGCCGAACAAUAUUGAAAAAAGACUUGGGAUUAUUUGCUUAUCGAUUACAAUGUGUGCAAGAAUUACAUCACGGGGAUUUUCCAAUAAGACGUGAAUACUGUGAGUGGUUUUUGAACACAUUUGAUGAUGAACUGCUAGAGAAGACAUUUUUUACGGAUGAAGCUUGGUUCCACUUGAGUGGUUAUGUUAAUUCCCAAAAUAUGCGAAUGUGGAGCCAAGAGAAACCACCUUUUUAUGUUGAGGCCCCACUUCAUGCACAAAAAAUUGGUGUUUGGGCUGCAAUUAGCCGAAGACGCAUCAUAGGCCCAUUCUUUUUUAAUGGCAAUUUAACAGCCAUUCGAUAUCUGGAAGAAAUUUUGGGGCCAUUCAUAAGAGAACUCCAUGAUGAUGAAUUAGCUUUUGGUUUUUUCCAACAAGACGGUGCCACAGCACAUACUGCUCAAAUAACAAUAGCGACAUUACGAGAGUUUUUUGACCAAAGAGUCAUUAGUCGAAAUACUGAACACAUCUGGCCUCCAAGAUCAUGUGAUCUUACACCUGCUGAUUUUUUUCUCUGGCCGCAUUUAAAGAAGACAAUUUAUUGUACUCCUGUUAAUGAUUUGGAAGAUUUAAGGAACAGAAUAACCGAAAAAAUCAACGAAAUAAACAACAAUGAGGUUAUGUUGAACAAUGUCAGUGAUGCAGUUCGAAGAAGAGCUUUGCUGUGUUUACAAGAAAAUGGGGAACAUUUUCAGCAUUUAUUGUGAAUGGGGACUUUAAAUAAAGUGUUUAAUGCUCUAAUGGAAAUUAAUUGUGAA